CUCGUCGGGGGGGUAUAAAGGUGCUGAGUCAGCAGGGGCCGGUGCAGGCGACAGCGACGCAUUCACUGACCAACAACAAGCAAUCCCAUUAAAACCCCGGACGAGGAGGUUCUAUGGAGGGCAGGAUGCAGAACGUCUCCUCACACCAACAUUUCAUCCUCGACGGCUUCGACGAGCUGGGAGAGCUGCGGCCUGUCCUCUUCAUCCCUUUCUUCAUCAUGUUCGCUGUGUCGCUGUCAGCCAACUCCCUGCUGCUGUACGUCGUCAUUUCCCAGCAAAGCCUCCACUUGCCGAUGUGCAUCCUCAUCGCCGGCAUGGCGUGCGUGGACCUGAGUCUCCCGCUGUUCUUUGUCCCGCACAUGCUGCUGAGCUUCCUGUUUGAGUGGAGGGGGAUCUCUCUGAGCGGUUGCCUGCUUCAGAUGUACUUUGUCCAUUUGUUCGGAGCGUUUCAGUCCACCCUGCUGCUGUGGAUGGCACUGGACCGCUACUUCGCCAUCUGCACGCCACUUCACUACCACGAACGCAUGGCAUUACCGAGAUUCCUCAAGUUCGUGCUCCCUCUUCUGAUCAGAAAUGUGUUCAUGGUCUCGCUGGUAGUGAGCCUGGCAGGAUCGUUAUCGUUCUGCUUCAGAAACGUGAUGAGCCACUGUUUCUGCGAACACAUGGCGUUAGUGCAGCUGGCCUGCGGAAGCACCGCCAUCAACAACCUGGUGGGGCUGAUGUCCGUGUUCCUCAUCCCUGUGGCAGACUUCAUCCUCAUCACUGCCUCUUACGUCGUCAUAUUCAGCUCCGUGCUGAGCUCCGGCACGUCGGGUGUGAAGGCGCUCCACACCUGCGUCACGCACAUUGUGGUGAUGAUCGUCAGCCUGACCAUCAUCCUCACAGCGUUCCUGUCGUAUCGGAUCAGAAACGGUCUUCCUGCCGCCGGCCGGGUUUUCUUCAGCAUCAUGUAUCUGUUCUUUCCGAGCUGCUUCAACCCGAUUAUCUACGGCAUAAGAACCGCCGAGAUCCGACGGCACAUCCUGACCACACUGUCGCGCUGUCAGCCAAAACAGUUGGGAAAAGGGGUUCCGGAUGGCCAAUCAUAUUAGCACAUAGUGAAGCACAUUUUCACCUUGCGUUACACCGGAGAGAAGGUGGGGCUUACCUCCAUGUAGACAUGGAGAACGUUCCAACAACCAUGAAAUGCUGAAAUAACCUGCUGCUUUGUACAUGUUGUGGAAGUCUCAGAUACAUAAUUCCACCAAGCUGUAUUCACAUGUCAACUGAAGUGGUA